AUGGCACCACAGAACAACCUGGGCAAGCGCGUCAAGGGUACCUCGGUACACCGGCCCUUCAUCUACGGGACCACAGCGAAACCGUUCGACGACGAAAAGAACCCCAAGCCGCCCGGCGUGCCCGACGACCACACGCACUCGUGGCAGGUCUUUGUCAAGGGCGUCGAGGACACCGAUGUGACCUACUGGCUGAAGCGGGUGCAGUUCAAGCUGCACGAGUCGAUUCCCAACCACAUACGAAUGGUCGACAGCGAACCCGGAAAGCCAUUCGUGGUCAACGAGACGGGGUGGGGCGAGUUCGAGAUCGCGAUAAAGCUCUACUACGUACCCGAGUCGGGCGAGAAGCCGCAGACACUGUACCACCACCUGCGCCUGCACCCGUACGGCCGGACCGACGCCGAAAAGGACGCCAUGCGCGCGUCGGGCGAGGUCACGGCCUGGACCUAUGAGGAGCAGAUCUUCAACGAGCCCUACGAGGUGUUUUACGACGUCCUGACGAGCGGCGCAUUGCCCACGCCAGCCCCCGCCAGCCGCGGAAAGGGCAAGGGCUCCGCUCCUGCUGCCGGCGGGGUGCGGACCGAGGGCGGGGUGCUGGAGAGGAGCGCCAUGAUCCCCCUGAGCAACAGGCCGGGGCAGCCUUUCAGCCGCGACACGGAGCAGCUCGAGGUAGAGAGGCUCAAGAAGGCUCAGGAGAAGGCCCAGGCGCUGAUGAGUACGCUGCAGACGCAGCUUAAGAAUAAGGAGGCUGCCUUGCAGAAGUUAAGGAAGCAGACUGCUUCCGCAAAGUGA